AUGGCCAACUUUGACAGCCCACAUGAGAAGCCUGCCCCACCUCAAAUCCGUAUCCCUAACCAAGGAUCAUCACCAAACCCGGGGAUCACCAUUUCUUUCCUUGAGAUUGGGUCACUCCCCCAUCUCUGUUGGGACUACCUCCCACCACCAAAGAAUAGUAUUAGCCCAGUAGGAAGAACAGGGACAGUACAGAAAUUUAGCAAUCUCUUAAAAGACAUUAAAGAUGUUCUUAAAAGUAUAGCAGGCAUUGAAGAUAAGCCUACAGCAGUCAGGGAGAGUUUUGAUGAUGCCAGUACUUCUGAGGAUGUGUCAAAACUUAAAAUCAGAGCUGUUGAUAAGAGAAAUAAAAUGCAACUUAAGGAUAUGGUGUUUCAUUUCGACCCAGAGAGAGAACAGUACACAAACAAAGAGGAGGUGUUUUUGAAAAACCAGAGUGCUAAGAAAAUGGUGCAAGCAUUUACAUGGGAUGUGUGCAAUUCAGAAAAAAAGAGAAGCUUUGAUGACUUGAAGCUGAGCGUGGAGAGAGGCCGGAGUGGCUCCCUUAUCAUACGUGAAGGAUACAGAAAACUCAGGAGCAAUAUGGAGCAGUUAUUACAGGAAGCAGAUCACUGGAGUAGGCAGCACAGCGAGCUCAGAGAACUAAUGAGGUUAUAUCAGGAAUGCCAGAAAGAAGGAAGCUGUCGAAUCUAUUCCCAAACCCAGCCCAGCAAUGGACAGUCUGCCAAGCGGGAACUAGAGGUACAGGUGAAGAACCUGAACCGUGAUGCACACUCGUUGCAUUUGAUCGCAUCCAUGCUCCAGGAUGAAUGUCAGGUCCUAAAACAGAGAGUAGAUAUUCUCAACAGCUUCCCUUUCCAUGAAGCGGGACCCCUGUAUGAGAGGCCAGUGCAGAUGUGCGGUGAGCAGGACAGGAAGAGUCCAAGGUCAGCAGAAGCAUACAGGAUGGAAGCAAACAAGAACACCAUGAAGACAAUGGAGGGCGUAAGUUCUAGGAAAGACAAGAUCUUCAGGACCUCGGAUGCCUCUCUUACUAAAAAGGCUCGGAAUAACCGCUCCAGCACCCGCGUUGCAAAAAAAUCUCUUGCGGGGAAACGAAGAAGCUUCCACUAG